AACGUGUGGUGUUCGCCGCGCCCAAAUCCAACCAAAAUCUUUGCUUCACCCCACCACAAAAAUCCUACUCCCAAAUCACGCCCGCGGUCUUACCCUCCUCCUAGGCAGAACAGAGGCAGUGAUUCCACGGGCCACCACCUACUGCCUACCAUGGCCGCCACCUGCCGCUUCGCCGCGCCACUGGGUCUCGCCCCGCUGCCUCGCAGCUGCGCCGGCGCCAAGAGCGUCGCUUUCUCGAUAGGCACCACCAAGGUAGCUACACGGACACGGAGCGUCGCGGUGAGGGCGGGCGACGGCUCGGCGGAGACGCCGGAAAUCCUCAAGGCUGCGCAGGACGCGUGGGCAAAAGUUGAGGACAAGUACGCCGUGGCCACCAUUGGCGUCGCCGGGCUCGUCGCGCUCUGGACAGCAGUGGGGGCGCUCAAGUCCAUUGACAAGCUUCCUAUCUUGCCUGGUGUGUUGGAGCUCGUUGGAAUCGGGUACACAGGAGUAAGUUCAUCAAGCAUAUGUCCACGUACCUUUUGUCUUUCUGAGAAAGACCAUGUAUAUGUUGUUCGGUUAUUAUCUUCUCUAACAUCACCCAAAUGCUGCUACUUCGUGUUCAUACAGUGGUUCACAUAUCGCAACCUCAUCUUUCAGCCAGACAGGGAAACUCUGAUCAGCAACAUCAAGAGCACUUACAACGAAAUCACUGGGAGCAGCAGCUAAUUAUGCAGCAUUUGCAAGAUGACGUCAGUAAACAGAGGGUAACUACAUCAGUGGGCAACCAUUCAAAAAUCAACAAGUAGUGACAUCUCACAUGGAUGUUACUGUACUUUUCUAUUCCUUUUGGCUUUUGGCUCAAGUGAAAGAAGAAACUUUGCUGGUGAGCUGGUAACUUAGUCCGAAUUUCUAAUCUACAACUAUGAUAUAUUACAGUUCAUUUGCAGACAGGCACACUGUCAAGGUCGAUGUGGGGUUUCAGAUAACAUUAUUGUUGGCUCUAUGUAUUUUAACCAAUUGUAGUCAUAUGAUCAAUCGAUAUCAAAUCACAUUAAUGAACCAAGAAAUGAAUGAACACGUGAAAGUUUCUUACAGUGCA